CCCUGCAUGUCAGUGAAGAGUAAGAAUUUCAGGUUGUAUACUGUAUACACCCUCUGACAUUACACCGAACCAUUCCCCUCCGCCAUCAGAUUUCUGAACGGUCCAUGCACUCUACCGUACCUCACAAUUUUGCCCUCUUUUGGGACUAUGUAUUUAAUUGUGUAUAUUUCAAAUUGUAACCUAUGGCAAUUUAUAUAGCUUCCUCCGUACUGCUGCUGCAAAACAACACACACAGACAAAAUGCUGGAGGAACUCACCACACACGUCAGUGAUAAUUAACCUGAUUCUGACUACAAGUGACUCCAGGGAAGGAUUAAAAUCCAGGUUUCCCGUCUGCAACGCCCGGCAGAUGAAACCGCCUAACAUUCCUCACUGACAUCGCUGCAGCUGUCCCUUUAAAUGCCCUUCAGAGGGAUGUGGGGUGGGGGGCAUCGCUGACUGGCCGGGACAGGUGUUCGUUCCUCCCUGGGGGGACCGUGUCCGGCGUCCCGCUGCCUUAUCGAGGGUGGAUCCCGCCCACCCGCUGAGUGACAGGCCGUGCCCACCACUCAACGGCGCUCACUGCCUUCCGUCCGAACCCGGCGGCCAGUCGGGGCUCGGCAGACUGUGGCCGGACAGAAGUUGGUGGGAAGUUUUCGGGAGAAGAUGGAACGGGUGAGGUUGGCGCUGGGUCUUCAGGUUCUGCUCCUUGUGGGGGCAGGCAUAGGGGCAGGGGCGUCGGAGGCGGAGAAGAGGCUCCUCGACCAGCUCUUCAGCAGGUACAACGCCAAGGUUCGCCCAGCGGAAACAGCGGAUGGGAAGGUGACGGUGAGGGUGGGGAUGACCCUCUCCCAGCUGAUCAGCGUGAAUGAGAAAGACGAGGAAAUGACAACAAACGUCUUCAUGAAUAUGGCUUGGACGGACUAUCGGCUGAGGUGGAAUCCUUCGGAUUUUGACGGUAUCCUGAUUCUCCGCAUCCCUUCCUCCAAAGUCUGGCUCCCGGACAUCGUCCUCAUCAACAACAACGAUGGGAAGUUCAACGUGGCGCUGUACGUCAACGUCCUGGUCCAGCACACGGGCAUGGUCAGCUGGCUGCCCCCGGCCAUCUACCGCAGCUCCUGCAGCAUCAGGGUAAGGCCAGGUGACCUGAGCCCUGUCACAGACAUCCCCAAUGACUUCUCUGUUCUUGCCCCCUCGCAGAUACUUCUCUCAUCCCACUCAUUCCCCUCCCACUGAAACUCAGCUUGUUUUUCACCCUGGUUUUGACAAGGGUUGAGUUUAU